AGCCAAUGAACGGCAUCGUAAUCCACGGAGGUUCGGAUUGGCUCAUUCUGCCGCGCUACUUCUGUGCCUAUGCAGCCCUUCCGGAGCAACAGGACAGUCUGGUUAGGAACUUGGUGACCUGGUAUGCCAAUGUCAUUUUACCGGUUGAGUCUUUCUUCCACACUCUGGCCUACAAUUCCGCCUUCUGUGAGCUCGUGGUGAACAGCAAUCUGCGAUUUGUCAACUGGCAACGGCCUAGAGGCUGCAGUUGCCGUCUCAACCAGACUGCUGAUUGGUGCGGCUGUUCGCCCUCUGUCUUCUCUGGUCCCCGUGAUCUCUAUCGCCUACACAAGGCCCGCCUUCUGCUUUCAUCUGAGCCUACGUCCCCCCAGUUACAACUGUUUGCGCGGAAAUUCGACUCCACCAUUGAUAUUGCCAUGGUGAAUUAUGUCGAAACGCAUUUACUUGGCCGCGGGCUGCCGGGUACGCGAGUCACUUUGGACUUUCGUUUUGUUUUCUGGUGACAGCAGUCUUAUUGCGUUUCCCCACAGGACUCCCACUCAGUUCUGCAUAGGCGUGGGCAAAGGAUGCGGCCGGCUAUUAUCCCAACUUCAUAAAAAGAGAACGCGAGAAGAGGGAGAGGGCUUUGCACUUUUUCUUUGAAACUUUUAGCCUUUUCGCCAACACCGACGCUGUGUCAGUCGCCUGGUAACAGUAAGACACGUCGGCGACCCUAGUUGUGAUGAAGGUUGACCUAGGUUCCUGCUUUAGCCGGUGGCCUAUCGACCACCUUAGAUGGUAUUAAUGCAAGCGCUAGUGUAAUCAGCUGACUAUGCGUCAACUGCGCGAUCCUAUAACCAAUGUCUUUUUGUACCUUUCGUAGAUUCACCAAAUUCGAACCUCUUUCUGGAGUCUAUCCACUCAUCACAGUACGAUCACCAGUCAGAGGACAAUUCAGCAGUUCCCGCAGCCCUCCUAGGGUUCCGCUUUUUGGCAACCGCAGCCACGGAAUUCGCCCAAACUUUUGACAGAUGCAUCGACAACUAUGGUGAGUUCUGUACUGGAUACCUUUUGACGGCAACGAAAGUUCAGUCUUCUUUCCGACCCCCGUCCACUCGACUUUUAAGAAAGUUUUUCAUGACUUUCAUGCAUUCCAGUGCCAAAUACUUCACACCCCGAUGUAUUUGCGUUGUUCAACGCUUCCACCGCGAUUUUGGACUAUGUAAACUACACACAGCUGCAUGAGCAACUUGAGAAGUACUCCUUUCUAUCGACCAAUCAGCUUUCGACUGCCCUUGCCCUCCGACCAACUAUCGGCAAGCCAGCACUGGUUCUACGGAUUGCCCUUUCCCCGAUUGGACCGUUAGCUGAAGAAGGCCGUAAUGUGCUCGAGGUCCUCUUCCGGCCACGUCUCCAAUCCUGGGUUUCAGAUAGGCCACCGAAUUUGAUGAACUUCGGCGAUAUACUAUAUUUCGAGGUGAGUAAAACGACUCUCCACAGAAUAUGUAACGACAUGUAUGAACCUUUAGUGAAGUUUGCCACAUUAGCUAAGUCACAUCUGCUAAUCGUUAACUUGGCGGUCUUCUGGGCAUUCGAAUGGCUAUCCAGAUGAAGUUCCGAUGUGGAAGCAUCAGCGCACAGAAGCACAACUAGAAACACGAAUUUCUGGCCAACUCUGGCCGAAGCAGUCAGUAGUGUGGCGAAGAUGAGGCUAGAACGGCAGAAUUUGCCUCAUGACAGCCAUCGUUUGCUCCUAGAAGAAAUUAAGGAGAAACAUCGUCUCACUAGGACAUUGUGAAGGGACAUUGGUAAUACAGUUUAAAUUAAUCAUUUUUAAGUCCGAAUUUGUUGAUUUCGCAUACUACUGAAGGCUAAUGGUCAAGGGCGAAUACUUUUCAGUUGCACCAAAGCGCCAAUUUCUUUUUAAUUUUCCAGACGGAGGCUUUCGACAAUAUUUCACCAAUUUUUUUUGGAAUUCUGAAGUCGUUUUUGCUUAAAUAACCGGUUUAUUUUUGAGAGUUAUUUCGUGCCUGAAUCCACUCUGAGUUUUAGUAUUGAAGCAGGAGAGUAUUGCCCACGCAGCAAAAUUCCAACACCCAACAAUUUCGUAAAGUUAAUUUGACCCAUUUGUGAAAACUGGGCGACCCCGGUGGGAUUGGAACCCACAACGGUAAGGGCAAGGCUUGAGUACAGCCAACAUUCCAACUACCUGAGGUAUGUACGAGGUCCCGACCGGGGAGCCGCCGUGAGUUUAAUCACAUUUGGGUCAAGUUACCCGCCCAGCCUAUUGCAACGUAUGGAAUCGACCAAUUAUGAUACAGUAGUCUGACUGCCCAAGUAGGAUCUCCUAAGCAAACAAUCUAGAAUUCACCAGAUGACUACCAGGCUGAUUUAUUAGAUAGGUGUUUUGGCAGAUUUGAAUAAUUCAUUUGACCCAAUUGCGGAAACCUCUGCCGGGUUGACUGAUGCACUGGCCUUGCUGUCGUGGGUUCGAAUCCCACUGAAUUUUCACCAGUUGGCCAAAUCUAAUUCGUACGUUCCAUGAGGUUUGUUGGGUAUUUCGAGUAUAAGCGAGCCCCCAACGGUCACUGGACUUUUUUCCCCGAAUGUUGCCUCCUCAAAGGGCUUUGGCUCAAUAAUUGAACCACAAGGUAGCGGUAACAAGCAGAUUUAUCUGAUGGCGGCGUACAGCAAUUUCAAUACCCACAUAGAAGAUUUGGGGUGGAUACUUUCGACUUUUUUGCGGGUUGUUGCCCAUUACUGAUGAACAUCAGUGGUAGAAACAAUACGAUCAGAAGGAGGGAGGAGUAAGUGGGACUUGAGAAAUCCCGUUGGUUCGCGAAAUUUUUAAAUGUAUAUUUUACGUAUUUACUAUGACGUCUAAGCUGGAAGGCUGAUUGGUUAAAGCAAAGUGGAGUUUGCGGCAAUACUCUUUAGCCUGAUGGCAGCCUUGCACAAUAGUUCGCUAAACCUUUGAUUUCAUCAAAAUGUGUCGUAUGAUUUUGCAGGGAAGUUCCCGGGUUAACGUAAAUAUUCCAUGUUCUUUAGUAAAAUUAUAGUCGCUGUAGUCUUAGACCACCUUUUAGCCUUUCCUGAUUGCUCAUAUUUCGCGACGAAAAUGAUAAGAGCACAAGUAGUAAGUCGAUAUCCGAAAAUUGCAGCUAGGAAUUCCUGAAAUACUAAAGCCACAAUUACCACCAACAUCGAACAGAAUAAAUAGUAACCUAUCGACCUUGUCAUCAGUCUUCCGAUCUUCCGUCUUUGGGCCAGCAAUCAUGACCCGAAAAGAGGGGUUGGUGGCACUUGGAGAUCUCCAAACCCCUUUCAGAAAACUUUCUUCGAAUGCUUAAUUGAUUAACACGCCUUUGUUUCGAGCACUUUUGCGUAUUGAUUCUACGACCAGUACCAACAGGACGUGCCACAUCAAAUGUCCUGAUUUGCGUCCUUUUUGAUUUAAUGACUCCUCUGAUAUGUUCUUAGAUUGGAAGUUAGUGCGCCAAAGGGUCCCGUAUUGGGCCCAGACCACGCUUAUGUAGUGCUUUCAAUAUAUCAUAAAGGUAUUACUAAACGCAUUCGUGUCUAGACGGCAUACGUGCGAUCUGAGAUACUUGUACGGAUGAUUCAACUAUCUGACACACCAUUCUCACCGCUGAGUGUGAUUUCACCCGUAAACACACGGUUAGAGAUGGAGAAAGUCAAGUUAUUGACCGUUACCGGCCAAAGACAGACAAGCCAUAAUUAGAUUGUGCCCGUGGGCUCAAGACCUCUGUUCCCUCCAUAAAAAGCUGUGCAAAGCGCGGAAGCUGACUGGGGACGGCCCGAUUGGGAUCGGCUUUGGACGCACGUUAGCUAACCCAGUCCUCCUUCGGUUUACUGCUGAUGUCCCCAGCUCAUGUGAUCUGCGUUAAACUGUAAGCUGCCAACCAAAAAAGACCGUCGGAGACUUUUACCGCAGCUUAUGUGAUGUACUGCCACGAUGGUAAGCUGAUUAAACCAUUAGUUCUGUUAGCACCCUGGUUGCUGGUGAUACGGCGAUUAAAAACCGUCACCCUUGGUGGUGGACUCUAAUGCUCUCACAUUCCCCACUUUCAGGUUGGUGCAGGCUUCGACAGCAAGGAAUUGGUUUUUCGGAACUACCACGGCUUCUAUGGCAGCCGGGAUCGGUUGUCGCUUAUGGUAAUCUGGUGUGCACGGCGUGCACGCGGCGCGCAGCCCGCCUUCCUUCCUCCGCCACUGCCACCAGUCGACUUCCGACUGGUUACACCCACAGGCCAAGUCUGUGAUAGUGCCACUCUGCGUGUCAGUCGAAACCUUACCACUAGGGAGUUCUUCUACCCGGGACUGCCUGACUUUCAUGUGGCCUUCCAACAUCUGGAGUGGGACGCUCUCAGAAGUUGCCUCUCCGCCGUUGCAGCCGCGGAGACGACCUUGUUCGGCACCUGGCGGGUGGAGGAGAUCUCGACCCCCCAGCAGCAGCAGCCACCCCGGACUGCCAAUUUUACCAUCUUUCCAGACUCGCUUCAGGCAGCUAGUUUGCCGUCGCAUCAACUCACAAAAGUCCUUCAACUGGGGACCCAGCGACCCGUGGAAGCGUGCCUACACCAAUGCAGUCCACGGUAUCAAGGCAGUGCGGAUGGGUGCUCAUGCAAACUGCAGCUCUGCCAGAAGUCCGCUGUCUGGAGCACCCUCUUCCCCGACGAAAAGUCUGCCCUUGGUUACUUUGACUCCUCCAGCGGCCUCCUCAAAGUUGACCAUGCCAGCCUGUUGGACGGCCCGAUGCCUCCAGUCUACUCAGUUGGAAUCUAA